AUGAAGGAAGCAAUAGUUACUGGGCUCGAAGGUGAUUCUUUAGAAGUGAAAAUUCACGAAUCCCCAAUCCCCAAACCAAACUCCACACAGGUCUUAAUCAAAGUGAUGGUAUCUGGUUCGAAUCCGAAAGACUGGAAAGGACCAGCUCGUAUCCCGGCACAGAACAACACAAAUACAGGCGACGAUAUCGCUGGAGUCAUCGAGGCUGUCGGUUCAUCGGUUGUUGAGUUUAGGCCUGGUGAUCGUGUCGCAAGCUUACACAAGCUCAAGACCCCACAUGGAUCUUAUGCUGAGUAUGCAUUAGGCGAGGAACAUAGUACGUUCAUGCUGCCAAAGAACGUGACCUUUGAAGAAGGGGCGACGAUCCCACUGGCAGCGAUGACUGCCGCAAUCGGACUGUUUAAUAGUCUUGCUUUGCCGGAGCCUUGGUGCCAACAUGAGACAUUGAGAGAGCAGGUGAAAGGUGGCGUUGUGGUUUACGGCGCCGCCAGUGCUGUCGGAUCUUUUGCCAUCAAGCUCUUACGAAAGGCUGAUAUCCACCCCAUCAUAACUGUUGCCGGAAAAGGCAUAUCGUUUGUCGAAGGCCUUAUUGAUCGAAACAAGGGCGAUGUGAUUAUUGACUAUCGUGAAGGAGAUGACGCUAUAAUCAAGGGGAUCAAGCAGGGCAUCAGGGAUGGAGAGUCGUUGAGAUAUGCCUUUGACGCUGUGAGCCAAGGUACUAGCUACUUGAACAUUUCAAAAGCUCUUAAGCCAGAUGGGGCCCUGACGACGGUUACACCAGGACACGACUUUUCGGGGCUUCCAGCUAGUAUUCGUCUCGUUCAGACCAAUGUGACCAUGGCUCAUACGACCUACAAAGACUUUGCUACAAGUUGGUUCAGGCUGUUCUAUUACGGCUUGAAAGACGGGUGGCUCAAAGGCCACCCGUACGAAGUUAUUCCAAGAGGCCUCGAAGGAUUACAGCACGGCCUUGAAAGUCUGAGAGAUGGUAAAGCAAGUGGAACUAAAUAUGUUUACAGAAUCGGUACAAUGUAA